CAGAUGGAUGUGCAACAUCUUUAUCCUCUAAGUAAAUUUUUGAUAAUGAUAAAAUAUUUAAUCAUAUCACACUUUCAUGUAGGGGGAGAAAUAUCAUGAGCAAAACACAGAGUAUUUUGCUUUUCAGUGCACUGCCCGUGCAGGAUGUGAUGAAAUCAGAGACUGAUAAACCACACAGAGUUAACUGCCCUUUAGAGUCAUAUAAAGAGGUGAAAGACAAAAGUUGCAGUGCAACCACUAGAUUUAUGACAGUCUGACCUCAGUGAACGAAUGAACUAUGGCCAGUCUCUCGAAGGAGGCAUGACUCUCUCAGUCUCAGUCGUGCCUUUAAAAGUGCUGGACAGCAGCGUUGUUGACUGAUUCAGACUCAUACAGGUUGAGCAGUGAAGCAGUGAGUGAACAUUGAUUCCAGGCAGCAGAUAAACCUCUGAGGAGAGGAAGGACUUCCCACAUGGACUCCAACAAUGCCGGCAGCGUGCAGUAUGAUCGCUGGAAUGAGGACAACAUCAAUAUGAACGUAGAGGCACCACAGUCUACUCUGAUGAGGAUCUACAACAGAAUGUGCACUGGCAGCACUGGAAUAGCAGUGAAGACAGCAGGAGCUUUGUCUGCACUGGUGGCCAUUUACAUCAUAGGAUAUGUGACAGGAUACUACGUCCACAGGUGCUGAUGGUUGGACUCCUGCCAAGAAAAAAAAAGCAUCUGAAAGUCUGGAUAAACCAAAAAUUUAAACUGUAUUAUAAAUAAAAAUCAUUAAAAAUAAAGCAUGCUGACAAUGAGGUAUUUUCAUGUUGAAUUAAUUCAAUAUAUAAAUAGA